AUGGCGGUGAGAUUGUUUGAAGAAAGCGACCAUGCUGCUGCUUACCUGCAGUACAGAGUGACUCCUCAGGAAAUUAUUGAUAAGAUUAUGGACUUCAUGAAACCAAAGGUGGAAAAGAAGUUCAACCUCGCAGUGGAUGUUGGAUGCGGUUGCGGUCAGGGCACCGUACUCUUGGCCCCCUUCUUUGACCAGGUUGUUGGGACAGACAUUAGUCCCGCCCAGCUCCACGUGGCUCAGGCUAAUAGUGCGCGCCCAAAUGUGACGUACAGGCAGUGUCCAGCAGAGGAACUACCGUUCGAGUCAAACCAGGUUGACCUCUUGGCGGCCAUGACGGCGGCCCACUGGUUCGACCGCCAGCGCUUUCUGAAGGAGGCCGACCGUGUGCUGAAGCCUGGUGGCUGCCUGGCCCUGCUAAGCUACAUGAUGGACAUGGAGCUGGAAUAUGGCGAUGCCACAAGUGCGCUUAACAACAUCUGCGAAGAGUUCUAUGCAGUGUUGCGACCCUUCAGAAACCCUUGUCUGGACUUCUGCUCUUUAAAGAGCUACUUAGAAAUGUUUGAAUCCUGCUCCUAUACGGACAAAGAGUGGAAUGGCUGUCUAAGAGUUAAAAGGACGGUGACGGUUAACAGUUACAUGGGCAUGGUCGAGACUUUCACCAGCUACCGGAAACUGAAGCAGCAGGAUGCCGCAGAGGCCAAACAUCUUUCUGAUGAUAUCAGGAACAAAUGCUCAUUCUAGGGACUUGGAGAAGGCAUUCGACCGUGUCCCUCGGGAAGUCCUGUGGAGAUUGCUCAGAGAGUAUGGGGUAUCGGACUGCUGAUCUGCUCCCUGUAUGAUCAGUGUCAGAGUUUGGUCUGCAUUGCCGGCAGUAAGUCAGAUCGGUUUUCAUUGAGGGUUGGACUCCGCCAGGGCUUCCCUUUGUCACAACUUUUAUGGACAGAAUUUCUAGGCGCAGUCAGGGAGUUGAGGGGAUCCAGUUUUGUUGCUGCAAAAUUAGGUCUCUGCUUUUUGCAGAUGUUGUGGUGCGGCUGGCUUCAUCUGGCCAGGAUUUCCAGCUCUCACUGGAACGGUUCGCAGUUGAGUGUGAAACAACUAAGAUGGAAAUCAGCACUUUCAAGUCUGAGUCCAUGAUUCUCAACCGGAAAAGUUUGGGGAUGAAUUCCUGCCCCGAUUGGAGGAGUUCAAGUACCUCGGGGUCUUGUUCACAAGUGAGGUAAGAGUGGAUUGUGAGAUCGACAGGCGGAUCGGUGCAGCGUCUGCAGUGAUGCGGACCCUGUAUUGAUCCGUCGUGGUGAAGACGGAGCUGAGCAGGAAGGCAAAGAUCUCCAUUUACCGGUCGGUCUACGUUCCUAUCCUCUCCUAUGGUCAUGAGCUUCGGGUUAUGACCAAAAGGACAAAAUCACGGGUACAAGCGGCUGAAAUGAGUUUCCCCCCUUAGAGAUAGGGUGAGAAGCUCUGUCAUUCGGGAGGAGCUCAGAGUAAAGCCGCUGCUUUUCCACUUGGAGAAGAGCCAGAUGAGGUGUGCCCAGAAUGCCUCCCGAACGCCUCCCGAAAGCCUCCCUGUUUCUGACUGGUAGGAGGCCACAGGGAAAACUUACGACAAGUUGUCUCCCAGCUGGCCUGGAAACGCCUCAGAGUCCCUCGUGAUGAGCUGGAAAAUCUAUGCAACAGUUAUGUCGUGUACCUUUCUUGCUUACUGUGCUAAGUUUUGCCUUAGCUCCCCGUGCAAUCGGCAUGCGUCUCUUUUAUUGUCAUUCAAAUUUGAACUUUACAGUACAGAUAAGAACGAAAUUCCGUUGCAUUAGCUCGUUGUAGUGCAGGAUAAAAGAGCAAUAAAGUGCAGAUAUAAAAAAAUAGA